CAAAGCUUUGACACUCUUUAAAUUUAUGUGUGUGCCAGUGCCUCGUUAACAAUCCACAAGCAGCAGAUCCACAAGAUUACGUGAUCAAGUCAAUUAUCUCUUUUAUCUUCUUUCAUUAGCCACUAAAAAUCUUUCCCGAGAAAACUCUAAAUAUAUUUUCCAUGAAAGUUCUGGCCGCAGCUCCUUCUCUAUAUAAGGCCUUUUCUCCUCCUUUCUCUUCUCUCCACAAGCCUUUCUUAUCUCCACAAGUUUCUUCUUCGAUUCUCCCUCUAUCCAACCAUCUCUAUAGCAUUUCUUCUAUGGCUGCUUGUGUCGACACUCCAAGAACAGAUACCUCUAAACUUUCUCGCGAUCCAAACAGGCCACAGUCUCAAACUGAUCAUCACCAUGACAAUUCUUUCAGCAAGUAUGUGAAAAAUUAUUGUCGACCCAGUUUCUCCGAUCAUGUUUCUUGCAUACCCGUUUCCAAGAAUCACAUUAAAACUCUGCAUACACGUCCAGUUCUUGAAGACCGAGAUCAGGAUCAAGAAAUUGAGGCUAAAGAAGAUCCAUGGCUUAAAAUGCAAGAAGAAGCAAGAUUAGAUGUUGACCAAGAACCAAUUUUAUCUAGCUACUAUUUCACAUCAAUUCUUUCCCAGGCAUCACUGGAAAGGGCUUUGGCAAAUCAUCUAGCUAUAAAGCUAAGUAACUCGAGCCUUCCCACUAGCACUCUUUUUGACAUCUUUAUUGGAGUCCUUGAAGAGAAUCAAGAUAUAAUUGAUUCUGUAAAGGCAGAUUUGAGAGCUGUUAAAGAAAGAGAUCCAGCUUGCAUAAGUUAUGUUCACUGUUUCUUGAAUUUUAAAGGUUUCCUUUCUUGCCAAGCGCAUAGAAUAGCACAUAAAUUGUGGACACAAGGCAGGACGGUUUUGGCUAUAUUGAUACAAAACAGAGUAUCCGAAGCAUUUGCAGUUGAUAUACAUCCAGGAGCUAAAAUUGGGCAAGGGAUAUUACUUGAUCAUGCUACAGGAGUAGUUGUGGGAGAGACUGCUGUGAUUGGGAAUAAUGUGUCAAUUCUGCAUAAUGUUACACUAGGUGGAACAGGAAAGACUAGUGGUGACAGGCAUCCAAAGAUUGGCGAUGGGGUUUUGAUUGGGGCUGGAACUUGUAUUUUGGGUAACAUUAAGAUUGGUGAUGGGGCAAAGAUUGGAGCAUGUUCAGUGGUGCUGAAGGAUGUUCCAGCCAGGACUACUGCAGUUGGAAAUCCUGCUAGAUUGAUUGGAGGGAAAGAAAAUCCAACUAAGCUUGAUAAGAUUCCAAGUUUUACAAUGGAUCAUACUUCACAUAUACACGAGUGGUCUGAUUAUGUUAUUUAAAAGGGAAAAGGGCAUUUUCCUACCUGAAAAAUUUUUGGUUACUAUGUGGUAUAUGGGAUUUUGGAGAGAGUAUUUAUUUAUGUUAUAAUUGAGAACUGAAGUUCUCUUAUCAACAAACAGGGCAACCUCUUUUCUAAUCUUAGCUAGUGACAUAUCUUACCCUGAGAAAGUAAUGCUACAUAAUAUGUGUUGGGGAAGUAUGAUUUUAAUCAAAAUAAUGAUGCUGUUACUCAAUUUUAUUGCAAAUUUUCUUUUCUGGUUA